AUGAAGUUCCUCGCAGUCACCUGUGGCACCGAAGGCGACACCCGACCCAUGGCGGCGCUGUGUCGCGCCCUCAUGGACGCCGGGCACGACGUCCGUCUGCUGGCAGACGCCUCGACACUCCAUUUCGCCGACGGCUUGGGCUUGUCUACCCGCGCGUUGGCAGGCGACAUACGUGACGCGUUAAAAGACAUACGACUAAGCGACACGCCGUUCGUUCUCACAGCUCUCGCGAACGAUCAUGCCAACGAGUGGCUCGACGUGAUCCUCGACGAAGCGCCCAGGUGCGACGCUAUUAUCGUCUCGGGGCUCACGGCGUUUGUUGGCCUCUCGGCCGGAGAAGUCACAGGCAUCAAGAUCAUUGGGGCUAUGCUAAUUCCCCUUACGCCCACGCGCGCGUUUGGCAUGCCAUUCUUCCCCAUUGCCUUACCAAAGUUUCUCAACCCCCUCUCGCACACCCUCCUCAACAAUUUGGUCUGGGCCACAAUGAGGAAAGCGACCAACAUUGCGAGGAAACUACAUGGUCUCCCACCACGAGGGAUAACUGUGUGGAGCGGGCACCCGAUGGCGUACGGCGUAUCACCCGCACUACUACCCCGCCCACCAGACUACCCAGCGAACGCGUGGCACACAGGACAAUGGGUGCCACCCCGAGGCGGAUAUUCGCCUCCGGCCGACCUAACCGCGUUCCUCGAGGCUGGCGAGAAGCCAAUCUAUGUCGGAUUCGGGAGCAUGGCUGGCUUUGACCCGACACUUCUCCACAAGGUCGUGGUUGGUGCAGUCGGUGAGCGCCGAGCUAUCUUUUCCCGCGGCUGGAGCACAGUCGACACGGCAUCCCUUCCGCCAAACAUAUUCCUCAUUGACUCGGUGCCACACGACUGGCUAUUGCCUCACUGUGCGAUGGCCGUCCACCACGGCGGCAGUGGAACGACACACUCGACUUGCGCCGCUGGUAUUCCUUCCAUCAUCCUUUCGUUUGGCUUUGACCAAUCGUUCUGGGCGCGCCACAUGGUGGAACUAGGCAUCGCGGACGAGGUGCUCGACGUGCACGUGGUCACGAGGGAUCAACUAUUCGCGGCGAUUGCGUUUGCAGACGGGCCAGUGGCCCAGGAGAAGGCGCGGGCAUUAGGUGAGGCCAUGCGCAAGGAGGAUGGGUUGAGUGUGGCUGUCGAGUUGAUCGAGGGGAUUGCGCGUACAUAG